AUGCGGAGAGCGGCGGCGGAGGAGCUGGGCACCGGCACAGGGAGCCGCAUAGGGAGGGGCCGUCCCCCACCCCGCAGAGUGCUGAGCUGCUCCAUCGCCGUCCUGAGUCCGAUUUCCCACUUGGGCCGUGCGCUUCACCAGGCUGCAAGCGUUCCUCGCUUCCCCGUUGUCGCUGCAGGACGGCCGCACUGUGCCCUGUGCAGCCGUGAGCCGGACAGGGCAGAGCGGGGGGCUGCUUUCGACGGAGAGAGGAGCGGCGGGUUCUGCAAGCUCUCGGGUCCGAGUUUAGCUCCAAAGAAGGCCGUCGGAACUAAGAGGGGCCGCUGCCGCCCGUCCCACGAAGCGGCGGUGCGCGCAGCCCGGCAGCAGCGGCCCGGAGCGGGUGCGCAGCGCAGCCCUCCCGCUGGGAACUGUUUGCCGAUUGUAAAAACCCUUAUCCGCAAUGAGGAGCAAUCAGCUCCCGACUCUGGAGGUUUCCUUUUGUUAAAGGAAGGCACAGCCGAGCAGACAGCGGUUCCCUUCAACCGCUUAUGCCAUUACCGCCAGGAGUUGUGUGUAGAGCCCGGCAGAAAGCCCUCCUGGAACAGAGACCACGACGACACAGCAUCGACGCGUUCCGGGGGAACCCCUGGGCCCUCCAGUGGGGGACACACAUCGCACAGUGGGGACAACAGCAGUGAGCAAGGUGACGGCUUGGACAACAGUGUAGCUUCCCCCAGCACAGGUGAUGAUGAUGAUCCAGAUAAGGACAAAAAGCGACAUAAAAAGCGUGGCAUCUUUCCCAAAGUAGCCACAAAUAUCAUGAGGGCAUGGCUGUUCCAGCAUCUAACACACCCUUACCCUUCAGAAGAACAGAAAAAGCAGUUGGCACAAGACACGGGGCUCACUAUACUUCAAGUGAACAAUUGGUUUAUUAAUGCUAGAAGAAGAAUAGUUCAGCCCAUGAUAGACCAGUCCAAUCGAGCAGUAAGCCAAGGGACGCCCUACAACCCCGACGGGCAGCCAAUGGGAGGCUUCGUGAUGGAUGGCCAGCAGCACAUGGGCAUCCGAGCGCCAGGGCUGCAAAGUGUGCCAGGGGAUUAUGUGUCUCGGGGUAGUCCAAUGGGUAUGAACAUGGGACAGCCAAGCUAUACCCCGCCCCAGAUGCCCCCCCAUCCCGCUCAGCUGCGUCACGGCCCCCCCAUGCAUACCUACAUUCCUGGACACCCUCACCACCCAGCGAUGAUGAUGCAUGGAGGACCACCCCACCCCGGAAUGCCCAUGUCAGCAUCCAGCCCCACAAUGCUUCAUCCCGGCGAGCCGGCGGCGAGCGGACAAGUGAUGGACAUUCAUGCUCAGUAGCUUAAGGGAACGAAUGCGCGCUGUCCGCAGAGACGGCGGAUUUCAAACAUUGUCUUUCUGCAAUGACUAUGGAGUUCCAUUCUUGGCGUCGACUUUGGACCAAGGGACGUUCCUAUUCCUCACAGGGACCCUGACAAGCAGGAAAACACCGACUGAAGUCAACUUCUGGGGACAUGCUAAAUACCUAUAUAAGACAUUAAGAGAACAAAGAGUGAAAUAUUGUAAAAUGCUAUUAUACUGUUAUCCAUAUUACGUUGUUUCUUAUAGAUUUUUUAAAAAAAAAUGUGAAAUUUUUCCACACUAUGUGUGUUGUUUCCAUAGCUCUUCACUUCCUCCAGAAGCCUCCUUACAUUGAAAAGAAGCCUUACACUCAUCCUGCAAAUGACAGAAAGGGCUUAUUUGCAGGAUUUUUAGAGCAUUAAAAUAACUAUGUCAGGCAGAAGAAUCUUUCUUCUAUCCUAGGAUUUCAGCCAUGCACACUCUCUCUCUCUCUCCUCCUCCUCUCUCUCCCCCUUUCUUCCCUUUCUCUCCCUUUCUCUCCGUCUCUCUCUCUCUCUUUCUAGCCCGGGGCGUGAAUUUGCAUGUCUAAUUCAUUUACUCACCAUAUUUGAAUUGGCCUGAACAGAUGUAAAUCGGGAAGGAUGGGAAAAACUGCAGUCAUCAACAAUGAUUAAUCAGCUGUUGCAGGCAGUGUCUUAAGGAGACUGGUAGGAGGAAGCAUGGAAACGGAAAGGCAGUGUAUCUGAAGCCUAAUUGUCACAUCAGAGCAUCGUUGUCCCCAUGCAGCAACCACCACCUUGUACAUCACUUCCUGUUUUAUGCAGCUCGAAACAUGGACUGAAGAUUUAUUUUUAAUAUGUUGACUUUCUUUCUGGGCAAAGCAUCGGUCAUGUGUGCAUUUUUCCAUAGUCCCAUCAUGGAGCAUUUAUGUAUACAUUGUAAAUAAAUUUUGUGCAAAAAGGACUGGAAAAAUGAUCUGUAUUAUUGCAAUUUUUUGUAAAAGUAGCAGUUUGGUAUGAGUUGGCAUGCAUACAGAUUUACUAAGUGGGAUAAGCUAAUUAUACUUUUGUUGUGGUUAAACAAAUGCUUGUUGAUAGCCUUUUUCUAUCAAGAAACCAAGGAGCUAAUUAUUAUUAAUAAUAAUCAUUGCACACUGAGUCUUAGAGUUUCUGAUUGAAACAGUUUGGAUUGUAUAAUAACUCAAAGCCCAGUUGUAGUAGUUUGAGUGCAGUAAUGAAAUCUGAAUCUAAAAUAAAAACAAAUUAUUUUUUGUCA